AUGGCGGCAGAGGAGCGGAGCGAGCGCGGCCUGCAGGUGACGCGGGGCUCCCCGCCACGGGCCUCCACCGUGCGAGUGCUGCGGCAAAGCCCUGCAGCGGAAGAUGUGCUGGUGCGGGUGCAGGUGGCGGCACUAACACCCACGGAUGUUCUUCUUUGUCAACGCGCCCUCAUUGUGUCCAAAGCUGACCAGUCGGACGCAGCGACCUUUGUUCCCGGAACAUUCUUUGCCGGGAAGGUCUUAGCCUUUGGCGACUUGGUUCAAGGUCUUCGCGUAGGCGAGCUUGUCCUGGGCAUCGUGGAUCCCUCGUUCCAGGUCCUGCGCGGCAGCUCCCAGGAAGCUCGCUUCGAGACGGCUUCGUCGGAAGAGGGCGGAUGCUAUCGCGAAACCGUCAGUGCUCACUUCUCGAUGCUGCUUCCCUUGGACGGCGUCGACCCGAAGCUACCUCUCACUGCGCUCGUGGCCCAUGUACCACCCAUGAUCAGUGCCUUGAUGUGCAUGGCUUCGUUGCGAUUGAGGCCCAUGGAGGCUUUGUUGCUGAUCGCACCAUCUCUGGACGAGAUCGCUUUCUUACUGCAGCGUUUGCUGAUCAGUGCAUGGCAUGGGCCCCUCUACAUGGUCCUCCUCUCGGGGCCUGCACCCUCGCGCCAAGAUCUUCAGCAGCACCCCCUGCUGCAGCCACUGGUGCAUUCGGCAGGCAGAAGCUUUCUGGAUGACAUGCUGAGCAUUUCCAUCCAGGAUCGCCUCGAGGGCUUGACACAGGCCCGGGCGCAGCUGGCAGUGGUUUUGGCGGAGAUCGUUACAGAGGUUGUGACGAGCACCGGCGGGCUUGGUGUGGAGGCUGUUCUCGCUUUGGAUGUGGACCUGUGCCCUGACAAGGACUUGGUUCCAGAACUGUCCACGGACCUGGAUGCUGCAUGUGUGGCUUUGGAGCCAUGUGAGCGACCACCUGCGGUACUCCGAACACUUGUUGGAGCACUUGCGAUGAGGGGCCGGUUGCUGACGAACUGUGAGAGGUUCGAGCUGUCGCCAGAUGAUGGCCACCACCUCUGGGCAAAAGAGUGCUCUGUGGCAUUCGUGAACCCACACUGUUUGCCGCUCUCGGGAAGCCGUCACGGUGAGUUGCUGCAUGCAGCUAUUGAGAUUUGCGGGAAGAUUGCGGCAGGUGAGCUUGCUAUUGCCGAAUCAGAGGUUGCUCAAUUCUAUCUUUUCGAUCAAUUCCAACAAGCCCUGGACGUCGUGAGCGCCAAGCGAGAGAGGCGUGGCGUGCGGAAGUACAGCAGUGUUGGUGCUGGCAAUCGGAGCGCAUUGCUGGUGGCAUUGGUUCUUUAA